UCAAUUAUUUAUUCACUCACUUCUGAACGUUUCUAUAACCAAUUUAUAACAGCAAUAAGUACAAAUUCACCUAAUGGUUCUAUUGUUGAUUGGAAUGAAUUGGAUGUUUCUCUUGGAGAUUUACGUCCUUCUUCCGAAGAGCUUAUUAAACUUUGGAAUUAUCUAGUACAUCUUUUAAAUGGAGGACAAUUAAAUUUAUUAAUAAAUGGGACAGAAUCUAAUUUAAUGAUAAAAAAUUUAAAAAAAUUAAUUAUUCGUUCUGAUCGGUUAAAAACUGUUACUAGACAAUUUGGAGCAGACAAUCCAUUUUCAUUAUUUCGAGAUGUUUUAAAUAAAAUUUUCGAAAAUAUUUCUUUUAAUUCUGACAAAACAAAUGUGACGGCUGAAGGGGAUAUUCAAGAACAAAAAAUAGCUUGGACUGAUGUACAAGUUGAGCCGUUAGAACCGAUUGAGGGUUUGGAAUUUAGGUAA